AUGCCGGCGAGUCCGUACCAGCUGCUGACGCAGACCUUGCUGCAGUGCAUCGAUUCAACCCUGCAGACACUGUGGCAUGGCAGCACUGCACAGAUGCGCGUAUCCGUAUGUGCGCCUACCCUGCAGGCAGUAGCACAUACGAGCGCGGCAGUGCAAUGGUUCGGCGCGUGGUUCGCGCUGAGCGCAGCGCACCCCGAAAUCCCUGCAACACACACACUUGUGCUCAAAGAAAGUGUGCACGAUAUGGUACAAGUUGCAUGUGAUGCUGUUGCGAGUUCCGCCGCGCAGCACCGCGUCGAGCUUUUCCUCACGGCCGCAGAAACGGGCGACGCGAGCCCUGGGCUGCUGCAGCGCCAAGCACAGGGCGGCGAAGUGGUUCCGUGGUACCCGUCCAAUAACUACAGCAUGGCUGCGCAUACAGUCCUUGUAUAUAUCCUGUCGUGGGUGGUCCAUCUAUCUGCCGAAGAUGCGUGCGCCGUUGUGCUUCCCAUCACAUUUGGAAAUGCCUACGACGUGCGCAUCGACCUGUUUUUUGACGCAACGAGCGCACCUGAUGCCACUGCAUGGCCUGCAUGGCUUGGAACGCAAGCCGAUUUGCAGCGUGUGCUCGACGAUUUCGGCAUGAUGGUGACGCAGACUCCGCUGCCGCGCGCAGAAUUGGCAAAAAUUCCGCAACUCGCACCGCUCCGCGACGCGCGGCACGCAACAUACCUACAAAUCUCCUUGCACAAGCCACGCAGCGUCGAUCUCGUGUCGCCCGCAGUCGAAGCGCCCCUGGCUGGCGCCACGACCCUGCUCCAACUCGUGCGUGCGUUGCCGCUCGAGCAGAUGCGCGUGCAUCUUGCCGAAAGACGGGUCUGUGUUGUGCCGCGCCAAGACCGUGCAUUGGAUCCGCUGGCGCAUUUGCUGCAGUCCUGUUUACAGGACUGGGGAUGCACAGUAUGCAGCACGGUCGAGGCGCCGGGCCUCGACGUGUGUGUACUGCACGAUAACGUGCGGAUGCUCCAGACGUGCAUCAAGCUGGGCGUCGCCGUCGUCUACUUUGCGCCGUCCGACGCACUCGAGUAUGCUGCCGCACAGUGCGGCGACGAGGCACGCGCAGUCUUCUUGCCGACGCCCGUGGGCAAAGUGCGGUUUUUGUGGGCCUUGUUUCAUGCCAUAUGCUCAUACGAUCCCGAUCAGCGCCUGUACAGGACACGGACAGGUACAGAACUGCGCCUGGACGCGUCACCAGAUGGCACAGAAGCGCAUGGAUCGCUUGCGCCGACUCCCCGAGUAUUUUCCCCAAAAACACACUCACCCGACGAGCCGCGCUCCCUUGCCGAUGCACACCCGGAAGCGCCUGUUGAACAGUACCUUACCCAAGCCGUUUCGCAGCUCACCACACAGGAUACCACUUCAGAGGGCGUCGUGGUGCGCUCCGAGGACGGGUGUACCGCCGGCCUCUUUUUCAGUCCCUCGGAUGGACACGCAAAAGAAGGCGGUGCGCGCAAAAACACAUGUACACCACGAACGUUCCGCACGGAGCCUUUGCAGGUUGCGCUUGGGCGCGCAGACUCCUCCAGCGGCCAGCUCUUUGAGCCAACUUCUUUGGUCGCGGAAAAAACGGUGCAGGAAUACGAUGCGCGUCCUACCCUGCGCCAGAUCCAACUACCCCCGCUCGACAUCGCCAGAAGCGGCACACCGGACAGGAUGCACCAAGACGAUGAUGGGCCUCUUCCAGAUACACCGCAUGGUCCUUCCGUGCAGUUCUCUCGCAGCCAUGCACGCACAAGCGCACUCCCACAGCCCGGCCUGCUCAUCGGCGCGGCAACCGCGCGGCCGUCCACGCCACCGUCCCUUGCAGUGGGACGCACCGGACGACGCAGCAUUGUCCGCGACGCCACGUUUCUUCCCCCUGUCAAGGUGCUGAUUGUGGAGGACAAUGUGAUUAACCAGCGGAUCCUGUCCAUGUUCCUGCGCAAGAAACACAUCAAGUACGAAAUUGCCAAGGACGGGCGGGAAGCAAUCGAGAAAUGGCGUGAGGGCGACUUCCACCUGAUCCUCAUGGAUAUCCAGCUGCCAGUGCUCGAUGGUAUUGCAGCCACAAAAGAGAUCCGGCGCCUCGAGACGCUCGCACGCAGCACUUCAUACAUGGAGCGCACGCCUGUGCCUCGGCAUUCGGUCAUCAUUGUCGCAUUGACCGCCUCCGUGCUCGACUCGGAUCGCGUCGCGGCACUUGCCGCCGGGUGCAACGACUACCUGAACAAGCCCGUAUCCCUCACCUGGCUCCAGCGCAAGAUCCUCGAGUGGGGCUCUAUGCAGUACCUUUUGCACGCCGGACAGCACGCAAGCGUUCCACACAGCCCCAGUGCGUACCACGCGCAGCGCUCGAUUGGCGAGGCGAUCGAUCGAAACGCACAGCGCGCCGCAAGUCAUUUGCAGCUGCGCUUGCCGCCGGCAAAGGAUCAUGUACAGCUAUAG